AUGCCUCACACCGAGUCACGAAGCCGCAGCCUCUUCCUCCUCCCCCUGUGGCAGCCCAGGGUGCGGGUGUGUUUGAGCCCCCGGCGCUGCCCGCUCUCCCCGCCCGCUCUCCCCGGCAGAUGGAGCAUCCUCCUCGCUUUCCACCCGCUCCUGGAGCCGCUGGCUCUGCCCUCCUUCUCCAAGCCCUCGGGAGCCAGUAUCCUUUUGUUGACUUGCGUGCCCGACCAAGUAGAAUGUGGCGAUCCGGUAAAUCUUUGGCUUUCUCAGGAGGAAAGCUCGCCACGUAGCAACACACGCUUUGAAAAUAUAAGUGUUAGAAACAGGGACUUCAUAAAUGAAGAGCCCCGCAAGUACAUCGGCUCAGGUGUAAUAACUGUAAUUGUCUCAAAUCGGGAAAUUUGCACAAUGACUGACAGGCUUCUGAGCAACUUAGACAAACUUCUGCUGGAGUUUGUUUUCCAGCUAGAACAAACCUCUUUUGCCAAGCAACACGUGAAUCAACAGAUAAAUUUGUAUACUGCGAAAAUCACAGAAAAGAAGAAUGAAAUUGCUAGGUUGCAGGAAAAUAUAGAUAACAGCAAUGAAGAAAUUGCUGAUUUGAGAAAGCAAAAUGAGAGGAGUAAGGAGAACUGCAAAGCCUGGAAACCCACCUAUGCAAUUCUUAGCCGGCAUGAAGAAUAUUUGAAAAAUGAACUUGAAGCUUUACAAGAAGCUAUAGAAAAUGAGAGGAAAAUGUAUCAGGACUGUAUAACUGAGUACAAAGAGAUCCUGGAGCAGCACCGUGAGAAAUAUGCGGAAAGUGGUCUUGCCCAGGAGUAUUACAAAAAAAAGAAAGAGGUUGAAGAAAUCCAAAACAGAGUCUUGAAACAGGCUGAAAAAUACAAAUGGAAAGAAGAUUCCUGCUUGGAUAUUCUGGAGACUAUUCCUUUUAAAUCCCUAAACGACUGGGCUGUAGAGAUUGCUUCUUCAAGGCAAAAAACACAGGAAAUGUUAAAGCUUGCUGCAGUUGCCAAGCAAGAGUCCAUUGAACUACAAAAAGAAGCAGAGGAAUUAGAAAUGAAAAUAAAUUAUUUUAAAAAGACAUUUGAACAGACUAAAGAAGAUCAAAAUACUUCCAAAAUGAUUGAAGGAAAAGAUCAGAAAAGUCUAGAGAAGCCAAAGGAGUUCAAAGAAAGGGUAUUUGAAGAGAAAGAACAUCCAUCUCUGCUAAAUGAGAAGCAUCAGCUGUAUAAACCACUACAUGUCCCAUGCCUUCCUCAGAAACUAGUCCAGUCUGUACAGAGUGUUAGAUUCUCAAUGCAACGAACAGAAACAGGGAGAGAAGAAAGAGAAAAACCUAUGGAACUCUCAGUGGCCACUAGCAGCUCCUCCAGCCUUGCAGAUAAUUCAUCACAGGUGCCUAUUGACACUGCAGGGACAAGUAACCCACAAAUUACUCAGGUUCCAUCAAUAGCAAGCUUACAAAACCAAAUGCAAUUCAGACUGUCAAUUCCUCCAAAACAGAUGACUUCCAAUCAACAGUUUGAGAGUGAAAAUGCAGAAAUAGCAAGCCAAGAGGCCAAAGGUGGUGAUAAAGGAGCAGAAGAUAAGGCAAAGAAUUCUUCCUAUACACCUCAAGACAUACACACACGUUUUAAGUCAACUGAAGUUAAUCCUGACACAGCAGAAGAAAGCACAGAACAUUUUUUAAGAGCACCUGAAACACCUGAGUUUGUAGGAACGCCUGACUCAAAGGGGAAGAAAACCCAGUUCUCUAAAACACCUCCAUUUGACUUCAUUCACAGUUUAGGUUGUGAAGAAGGAACAUCAAAGUCUCCUGCUUUCUUUUCUCUGGUGAACUUCUCCCAAAAGUCACCUGGCUUUAAUUUAUUCGAUUCUGCUGCAUUUGGGGCAGAAAACUCAUCUGACGAGACAGAGGAAAGUUAUUCUGUGGGAAACUUGAACACUCUGUCCCCACAAAAAGAUAUUGGAAGCUUGUUUGGGAAAUCAGACAGUGAGGAUGCAUUUGCCUUUCCCUUCCCCUCGGAAUCGACUUCUCAUGCCUUUGGAGAUGGAAAAGAUGACUUUAGUUUUCCAUUUGCAUUUGGACAGGAUCAGAAAUCAUCACAAUCUCCUACUGUGAAAGGUUUUCAUUCUUCCUUACAAAAUACAAAGCCAUUUACAUUCUUCUGAAUACCUAUGACUUGCUUUUAAAUUCUCCUCCUACUUAGCCUUGACAAAUGUUUUCAGUCUCUUAAGUUAAAAUACAAAGCAUUUAAUCUUCUCUUUCAUUCAUGUAAGAAUACUCUAUUACAUUUGCUGCAAGAGCAUGUGCAUAUCAUCAAGCACACAUACUUUGAGAUACAGCUUCUAUUUUUCUCAUCUGUUUUCUGAAUAUGUUGUUUUCAUAAAAUGUUAUGCUAUGGCUAAAUUGGCACUUCUAAGCAGCAGAAAUGUCAUUUUACAGUAGUGAGUUAAUUAAAAUUCUGUGAGAGCAUCUAAGCUUCUAGGUGAAUGCUUUCAGCUUCUGAUAUAAAUUAAAUAACUUGCAUAAAAAAUGUUAGUAAGAGUAAUUGUUUAUUGCAGCAAUAGAAGCUGAGUUAGAGUUAAAGACAAUGUUCU